GAGAGAGAGAGAGAGAGAGAGAGAGAGAGAGAGAGAGUCAUCUUGUUUUUUCUCCUUGCCUUGUUUGCUUAUGAACCUCGUGCAUUUGGCGAAAUGGGUUUGUCGAUAACGGUUCAACGCUUCUAAUCUCAGGUUGAGUUCGUGACUUGUUGCAGGAUUGGAGAAAAUUUCGUGCGUUAAAUUCAAAUUUGGAUCUGAUCAUGCGUUUUCAGUGCAAGGUUUUCACAGGUGAUUAAAUAGGGCAGUUUGUUACAAAUUGAUGGUCUAGAAGGCGGAAAAUUUUGGGAUGGCUAUGGUGAGCAAAACCAAAAAUAUGCUUGAAGGUCUGGUAAGAGAAGGGUCAUUUAAAUGGUUGAUUAAGAAUCGGAGUUCGUUGGCUGAAGAGUUUGAGGAGAUGGGAAAAUCCCCAACAGCUGGAAAGAACUGGUUGCCAGAGCUCUCUCCCAUAGCAAAUAUAAUAGUCCGUAGGUGCUCAAAGGCUCUCUCUGAGUCUACACAAGUAACAGGUUAUCUGGAGGACAAAAAGUUUCGGCGCCUAACAUUUGACAUGAUGAUUGCUUGGGAGUUUCCAUCUGCUGUCAGCCAACCAUUUCUUAAUACGGAUGAGGAUGUUACUGUUGGGUUGGAGGCUUUUUCUCGAAUUGCUCCUGCAGUUCCCAUAAUCGCUAAUGUGAUUAUCAGUGAUAAUCUUUUUGAGGUGCUUACAGCAUCAACUGGUGGUCGCCUUCAGCUCACUAUCUAUGAGAAGUACCUUAGUGGAUUAGAAAGGAAUAUCCAUGAGGCUGCUAGGAAUAGAUAUGAGGUUUCUUCAGGAAGUUUAGAGGCAAUUCCUAUUGCCUCAUGCUAG